GGCCGAGUGGCGGCUGCAGCUGCGGCGGCAGCGAGCGGGUGGCACCACGGCCGAGCCAUGCCGGCGGCGCGCGUGGAGUACAUUGCGCCCUGGUGGGUCGUGUGGCUGCACAGCGUCCCACGCCUCGGCCUGCGCCUGCAGCCUGUGGACAGCACCUUCAGCCCCAGCGACGAGAGUUACCAGGAGUCGCUGCUGUUCCUGGGGUUGGUGGCCGCCGUCUGCCUGGGCCUGAACCUCGUCUUCCUUGCGGCUUACCUGGUCUGCGUGUGCUGCUGCAGGCGGGACCAUGCGGUGCAGACCAAGCAGCGCCACUCCUGCUGUGUCACCUGGACAGCGGUGGUGGCCGGGCUCGUGUGCUGUGCUGCGGUGGGUGUUGGUUUCUAUGGAAACAGCGAGACCAAUGAUGGCGUGUACCAGCUCGUCUACUCCUUGGAUGAUGCAAACCACACUUUCUCUGGGAUCGAUGCUCUGGUUUCCGGAACCACCCAGAAGAUGAAGGUGGACCUAGAUCAGCACCUGGCCCGGCUCAGCGAGAUCUUUGCUGCCCGGGGGGAUUACAUGCAGACCCUGAAGUUCAUGCAGCAGAUGGCAGACAACAUCGCCGUCCAGCUCUCGGGACUGCCCGUGUGGCGGGAGGCCACCGCAGAGCUGACCGAGCUGUCCGACCAGACUAGCUACGUGGAGUACUACCGGUGGCUCUCCUACCUCCUGCUCUUCAUCCUGGACCUGGUCAUCUGCCUCAUCGCCUGCCUGGGACUGGCCAAGCGCUCCAAGUGCCUCCUGGCCUCGAUGCUGUGCUGCGGGGUGCUGAGCCUGUUCCUCAGCUGGGCCUCCCUGGCCGCGGACGCUGCUGCGGCGGUGGGCACCAGUGACUUCUGCGCAGCCCCCGACACCUUCAUCCUGAACGUCACGCAGGGCCACAUCAGCACAGAGGUGACCCGCUACUACCUGUAUUGCAGUCAGCGUGGAAGCAGCCCCUUCCAGCAGACGCUGACCGCCUUCCAGCGCUCGCUGACCACCAUGCAGAUCCAGGUCUCGGGGCUGCUGCAGUUCGCCGUGCCCCUCUUCCCCACCGCAGAGAAAGAUCUGCUUGGAGUCCAGCUCCUGUUGAACUCGUCAGAGUCUAGCCUCCACCAGCUGACAGCCAUGCUGGACUGCCGGGGACUGCACAAGGACUACCUGGACGCCCUCGCCGGCAUCUGCUACGACGGCCUCGAGGGCUUGCUCUACCUCGGCCUCUUCUCCCUCCUGGCCGCCUUCGCCUUCUCCACCAUGAUCUGCGCGGGGCCUCGGGCCUGGAAGCACUUUACCACCAGAAACAGAGACUACGACGACAUCGAUGACGAGGACCCCUUCAACCCGCAAGCCCGGCGCAUCGCAGCCCACAACCCCCCGAGGGGGCAGCUGCGCAGCUUCUGCAGCUACAGCAGCGGCCUGGGCAGCCAGACCAGCCUGCAGCCCCCGGCCCAGACCAUCUCCAACGCCCCCGUCUCCGAGUACAUGAACCAAGCCAUGCUUUUCGGCGGGAACCCACGCUACGAGAACGUGCCGCUCAUCGGGAGAGGCUCGCCCCCGCCUACGUACUCUCCCAGCAUGAGGGCCACCUACCUGUCUGUGGCGGAUGAACACCUGAGGCACUACGGAAAUGAGUUUCCAGCCUAACAGACUUUCAGGGCUUCCUGCCUCCGUUUUCCGUUUUGGUUUUUAAUUAAUGCAAAUACACGCUGCGUUUCUUUAAGAGAAACCAAAGGCAUCUGGAGACUGGCAGGCCCCUGCAGAGGGUGACUGAGAUUCCCGACCAAAGCCCCAGGGGGACAGAAGACCCACCACUUGCUCCAGCCUCUCUUCUGCCUGCCCCCCACCCCAGGAACUGCCCCCGUGUUUGGCUGCCUCGGAGGUACCAGGUGCCGUCCCUAAGCUGGCUGCCUGGCUCGGCUCACCCCUGUACCCCACCCUCACCAGGAGGGGCCCGGCAGGAAAGAAGGACAGAGUCAGGUGCCACCAUGGGGAGCUGUGUGUCCCACUGCUGGGACUGUGCCUCUUGUUAGCACCGAUCUCAUUUUCAGAGUCACCUCUCUGCCCUAGUUCCCUGCAGGUGACAGUGGGGAGGGCUGAUCAGGAGAUGCUUUUUAAGGGAGGUGACAUGCCCAAUGAGACCAGAACAGUCCAAAUCAGAGUUCCCAGGGCCAGGCAGGCUCUUCCUAGGCCACAGAGGGAAGGCAUCAGGAGAGGGAGGUCUGCAGGGGAGGCUGGUGGCUUGGGCAUGGGGGAGGGGGGGGCCACAGCCCACCCUGGGGACCCAGGUAGGGACAGGGGUAAAAGCCCCACCUCCACUGUGGAAACAAAACUGCAAGCUUAUUAGCUGCAGACAGGGACAGUCUCAGGUAUGAACAGACACUUGGAAAGCAAUACUAACCUUUUUUUUUUCCAGUGUUUUAAACAUUUUGAUUAUCCAAAGAAUUGAAACUCAUAGUGCAUCCAGUUUUUACAGCAGACUCAGGGCUCAUUCCUGACACCUGGUUUUUAUACUGGUAGCACUGCUUGGACAGAUUUUGCUGGCACCGGCCAGUUCUUUACAAAUCCAGAGGAGACAGGGAAGAGUGGGUUUUUAAAUAAAAUAAAUGCCAGUGAGACGGCCUGUCCCAAGCUGCUGUUUGACGGGGAUCUGGGCUCAGCCACCCAGGGAGGGAGGAUCUUAAAGAGGGAAAGUUGAACAGAGUCCUCUGUCCCAGGGACCAGCUGAUGCUCACUCCCAACUGUGCCCUCCCUGUUGUCCUCCUGCAAGUUUGUCAGAAAAGGUUUUAGCAAAGCGGCAUCAUGGUGUCUUGAUGUGAGGACAGGCCUCCUCCCUGCCGCCCCCAGCCCCUGUCCUCACCCCAGCCCCUGCCAGGCGCCAGAGCUUGUUGGCCAGGAGGAAAUAACGACCCACCAUCCUGCCUAUUGAGGGGACAGGGUUGGGGUCUUCGGUGCUUCCAACCUCCUGCCAACCCAACGUGCACGGCGCUGAAGCCCCCACGGCCUUGCACGGCAAAGCAGGGGCGUGGGGCGGCUUGGCUCGGGACGAGGGCUCUGUUUCCGUUUUGGAAGAGCCACUUUGUCAACGGCAGAAUGGUUCUCAGCCCCCCAGCCAAGACUCCACGACAGAAUGGGGCCACAGGGCAGCCGGGUCUCACCGUGUCUCACCUGCAUUAACCUGUACAUACCGCGUACCGUGAACACACCUUGGUAUGUCCACGUCACGGGCAGAUAGGGACCCUGCGACGUCAAGGUGUUGCUUCUUAAGGUUUCGUUAUCGGCAACUAGAGGGUUGUUUUUAAUGCAUGGAAACUAAACUAAAAUUCCUCGGGGGUUCCUGAAGGAGUCAGGGGGGCAAACCUCUGCUUGAUACAUGUGCUCCCUCACCCGGAAGAGAAAUAAACCACUUGUACUAAAA